AGGCCCUCUUCCGGCACCGGGGGUUGCUAGGCAACAGCUCGGCGACGCCGUGGUCCGGCGCUUGCGCCAAUAACUGACCAGCCAACUACCCAAGGUUCUCCUUCGCCGCCCACUCCUCUGCCCCGCCUAGGGCGCCUCACACCCAUUUGCAAAAGCUGGAUUCCAACUCUCGCCCUCGGUGUUGAGUUCGGCGGGGGUGGCGAAUUCUUGGUGUGAGUCGGGGGUGGAGCCAGCCUCCGAGAAGGGGGCACAAGGUGGGGAGGAGGGGCGUACCCGGAGCGCCGAAAGUGCCGCCACACGAGUCUUGUGCCGCCUGAAAGAGACUAGAGUAAGACGCCUUUGCUUACAGAUGCUGUACUCUAAAAUGUUGGUUUAACGACAGGCAUGGAAAUAAAUAAAUGGGAUGCACAACAGAUAAAUGGAUAAUCUUGUGGACGCGGAAAAGCCUGCCUCCUUGCGGUGUUGCCUGACACUUGCACUCCAGGAAAUAUCAGCGCUGUUGACAGAUAGCCAGCGUCCUGCGUCUGUGGCUAUAAGCCCAUCCCCUUCCCCUACAUUCUCAUCAUGGAGAGAUAUCAUGUUUUGGAGAUGAUUGGAGAAGGCUCCUUUGGAAGGGUGUACAAGGGACGCCGAAAAUACAGUGCACAGGUGGUGGCCUUGAAGUUUAUACCCAAAGUGGGUCGAUCACAGAAAGAGCUGAAGAAUUUGCAGCGGGAAAUUGAGAUAAUGAGAGGACUUCAUCACCCCAAUAUUGUUCAGAUGCUUGACAGUUUUGAGACUGACAAAGAGGUGGUGGUAGUAACAGAUUAUGCUGAAGGGGAACUCUUUCAGAUCCUGGAGGAUGAUGGGAACCUGCCCGAGGAGCAGGUGCAGGACAUUGCCUCUCAGCUGGUCUCUGCACUCUAUUACCUUCACUCCCACCGGAUCCUACACCGUGACAUGAAACCCCAGAACAUCCUGCUGGGAAAAGGUGGUGUGAUUAAGCUCUGUGACUUUGGGUUUGCCCGUGCAAUGAGUAUCCACACCAUGGUGCUGACAUCAAUCAAAGGGACUCCACUGUAUAUGUCUCCCGAGCUCGUGGAAGAGAAGCCCUAUGACCAUACAGCUGACCUCUGGUCAGUGGGAUGCAUUCUGUAUGAACUGUAUGUGGGAACUCCACCGUUCUACACCAAUAGCAUAUUCCAGUUGGUCAGUUUGAUCAUCAAGGACCCCAUCAAGUGGCCCAAAAACAUGAGCCCUCACUUCAAGAGUUUCUUGCAAGGUCUGCUGAUGAAGGACCCUCAUCAGCGCCUGUCCUGGCCAGAGUUGCUUUAUCACCCUUUCAUAGCUGGACGGGUCACUGUGAUUGAUGACACAGCAGAGCAGGGCAUUGUCAGUCCAUUUACCAGCAAACUGCCCCCUGAACUACAAGCAUUGAAAGAGCAGCAGACACACUCUCUAGCUCCUCACAGUGGUCAGUCAAAGAUCUUGAGCAAGGCACGACAAAAGAUGGCCCAGGAGGCUCGGAGAAAGGAGUUGGGGAAAUCCAAAGCUCCUCCUAAGGGUGAAACCACCAAAGGAAGCCAGAGCCCCUCAUGCAAAAUCCACCUUGGUCAGACAGCUCCCAAAGAAGGAUAUCAGGCAGCUCCCAGCACUGGAGACCAGAGGCGCCCUGCUCUGGGAGAAGAGUGGGAGCAAAAAGAGGCUUCUCCCACACCUCGGGAGAACCGGAUCACGCAGGAUUAUGAGCAGGAGUUCCUCCAGCUGAGGCCAGAAAGUGGCAGAGCAGAGAUGCAAAGCAGACAUAGUAUUGAUACUGUAGACCUGGAGAAUGAGGAGUUGGAUAGUGAUGAGGAGUGGCAACACCUGAUGGAUGCCACAGAUCCUGCCCAUGUGCAGCUGAGUGCCCCACUAAGUCUUCUAGGGGACCCUGCCUUCGUGCAGCGCAUCCAUGCCCGGCUCAGAGAUUCUGGUCAGCAGGUUCUGGAGGGAAUGCUUGAGGGGGCAUCCCACCUUCGUCCUGCCCUCCGUGUCAUUGGCAAUUUGCUAAGUACUCGCUGUGAUUCAGAGCUGCUGUACACCUUCUGCAAUGACAUAGGACUACCCAACUUCCUGGUGCAGUUAGUGGAGAGCAUCCUUGAGAGCUUCAACAUCAAGCAGCAACCCUGGUACAUCACACUGCUAAUAGACAUAACUGCUGUGAUGUCAGCCUAUUUUGCCAGUGAUUUCAACCAUGGGCAAGGCGGAAAGAAGCAAAGUUUGCAGGCAUUCCACACCUCUGCCAGCCACUUCCUAGCCUUUCUGCCUACAUUGUUGGCUCAGGCCACAGACCUAGAGGGCAAGCUGCGAGAGCAAAGCCUCAUGUGUUUCACCUACUUGUGUGAGAGCAUGGAUAGCAGCUGCCCUUCUGUCUCCAUCCCCUUCUACACAAGCUUGCUUGAGGAUCAUCACCCCCUGUUGGAUGUACUCUGCUGUGGUGCCAGCUGUGAGCAGCCAGCAAAAGAAGUGUCACCAAAGGAGGCAAAGUCAGUGCAGGAGCGGAAUAAAUGCUUGGCAGCUGCUUUUACAACAACCUUGGCUGCAACCUGUGGCAUCCCAGGAGGACACACUACAUGUCAUAAGGCCAAAAAGCAGAUCUCUCAGCGAAUUGCUGAAAAGCUUACUGAGAAAGAUAACAAACUGCUGCCAUGUCUCCUCUCAGAUCUUGUGCACCCAGCCUCUUCUCUGAAUGCAUUAAAGAUCUUGUAUGCCUGUUGCCAUGUCAGUCAGACGCUGUGCCAUCACUUAGCAACUCAAGAAGUCCUGAGUUCCCUGAUUUGUCACCUGCAGGACAAAGUCCCACUAGCAGCCGAAGCCUCGCUGAGACUCCUCUCCCUGCUUCUUCUCCAGCUACAGAUCCUCCCACUGCAGUCCAACAUUGUGAUGAAAGAGACCAUGGAGCUGUUCAAUCGUGCAGCAGCUACCUCUAUUUUAAGUGCUGCAGGAUUGCUACUGACCCAGCUUAGCCAAUGUGGUGCUGCUGUGAAACUCUGCCGAGAGGAGACCUUGAGAGCUGUAGCUACGGCAUUCACGGAACCUGCAGUGCUGUAUUUGCCACCUCCCAUGGGAGUUGGCUUUUAUGAUGGGCUCCUGCUCUUGCUGUUGCAACUGUUAAGCCAGGCAGAUGCAGCAGAGGUGCGGGAGUUUGUUAGCUCAGAACUUUGGAGCAUUAUAUGGCAUCGCUUUGCCAUGGUGCUCCACUUGACUUCUGGGAAGCCUGUGAUGGAAGGUGAGACCCCACGAGUUGGCCAGCAUGCACCAGAACCAGAAUGGAACUUCAUCUCACCACAAGGAACUCUGCUCUUUCUUAGCUUGUCCCUUUUCAUCUUCACCCGAGAGCCCCACCAGUGCCUUCUCCAAUUGGCUCACCCCAAUGGGGUAAUCAUGGCAACCUUGAACAAGCUGCUUGAUCCUGGUUUUCUGGAGCACUUGGCACAAACGCAGGUGGAGGAAGAUGGUGAUCCAGAGCUGGUGCCAGCUGUUGUGCUCCAAGUCUGCCAGAUCUUUUGCUUUCCCUUUGCUUUGGAAAUGGACCCUGAAACCUUGGAGCUUAUCAUGACAGGUCUGAGGGACUUGGAGGUCCCUGCCCAGUUACUCCAGGACUGCAUUCACUACCUACCUUUCUGUACAACUGAGUUGCCACUGAGUCUGCUCUGCCAUUUGGUGCUAAGUGAUGAGAGAGUCAUUGAGCAGGUGGUGAGGGUGGCUGCCUCGGAGCAUGCUGUUGCCUUCUUGUCAGCCAUUUUGCUAUCAGACCAAGUGGCCCUUACUGCAGACCUGCUCUCCCUGCUCACCCACAUAGCCCGGGCUGGCCCAACUCACCUGCCCUUCCUCCAAAGGCUCUUUGGUGGCUCGGACUCUGCCUCCCAGUCACUGAGCCACCUGCUGAGCCACCGAGAGCACCCACUCCGUGCUAGAGCCUGUAGCCUUGUGGGCAACAUGUUGCGUCAUGGCCAGGGAUUUCCUCAGCUGCUGCGGGGCCAAGUUGAGCUACUAGACUGUCUGUUGGAACGUCUUUCAGAUGAGGAUGAAAACGUGCGGCGGUCAGCCAGCUUUGCUGUUGGCAACGCAGCCUACCAGGCUGGCCCUCUAAUGCAGGUCCUUGGCAAAGCUAUACCCUGGGUGGUUCGACUCCUGAGUGAUCCUCAGGCCAAGACCCGUUGCAACGCAGCUUCAGCACUGGGCAACCUGGGCCGGCAGUCGGUGGAGCUGGGAGACCUGCUGAUCCAGAGCAGAGCACCUGAUCUUCUGUUGGAUAUGGCCUGCCACGACUCCCAGCCUGCUGUGCAAGAGGCAGCACUCAUUGCCCUUCGAUCCAUUGGCCAGCAGCCCAAGAUCCACCAGGUGCUAUUGUCACUCAGAGCAAGUGAGAAGUUGGAAGCACUCUCCCGUAGUGAACCUCAGGAUAGUACCUAUAGCAGCCCUCGGCCCUCAUCAACAAGGCACUGCAAGAAACUGAUCCAUCUCCUGCAGCUUGCACACAGUGCCUGAACACUGGGCAGAGGUAUUACUGUCCCUCCUUAACAUCUGAGCUUUAGAAGACCACAGAGUGGAAAAAACUACUGUAUCUACUUUUUGGGACUGGCCUUCAAUGUGCUUGAAUGCCACAGGGUUCUAGUCUUGCUAACUGAAGUUGGAAGAAGCCAUCACAGACAUCUCUGCAAGCUGUUUUAUAGCAUCUGAACUGAAAAGGUGCCCCGGUCCUCUCUUCAGUGAGCAGGGGCACCAUUCAAGUCGCCUUCUGCAACCAGUAAGACACAUAAAUACCACCCUGUUUAUCUUUCCUGUUGUGAUUCAGGCAGGGUUAGGGGGGGAACAAACCCAAGCUCCAUUGUACUGUAUAGUUGUAGGAAAUGUUGUUCAUGUUCAUCCUACAUCAAGUGCCUUGGAAAAUUUAUCCUUCAUGAAGCUGAUUCAAAAGAGACUUUCUUUCCUCUUGAUUAACUUGUGGAGGACAGCCACAAGAUGACCAUCCCUGCUCAAAAGCAGAGGAGAACGAACAGUAGUGUUGUUGGCCCCAAGAAGAUAUUUUCAUCUUAUUUGCAAGGUGACUUGUAGUCCAGAAGCUGGGGGGCAUUUUAAGUCUUGGCCUAGGAACAGCUGGUCUUCCUCAGGAUUCUGUGAUCAGUGCAUCGAUCAUUUGUACACCAAAGUUUUCAUUUGUGUAUUUAUGAGGACUUUACUUAGAUUUCUGCAAAGUUAUUUUGUAUUAAAAAAUAAGCACCACCCCAGAAAUGUUUCUGCUUGUCUAAGUGGCCUAGAAAGAGGUUGACUGAUGGAUCUCAUGUUCAGUGUUAGUACCCCUAACAUACCAUAAUAUUGUAGGCAGAUCUUGUACAUGAGCUACAAUGCCUUAAAUGGCCUGUUGCAAAACUGAAAAUGGUAUUCUGUUCCAUAUCUGUGCCAGAGAUUAGUGGAGAAAGGCUAGGGUGAAAGGACUUAUGUGAGGUGCUUUUAAAAUGGUAGGCCAAAAACAGAAUAGUGAAGGGGAAAAUAAAAAUAGUUCCCAAUGUAGGAGCUUUAUCAAGUUCCCCAAGUCCAUUCCUAUGCUUUCCAUUGUAGCUUCCCAUGAAUUUUUCCUCUACCAUGGGGAGGGAGCAAAUAUCUUCCAAGUUUUUGUGAGAACUACUGCAUUAAGCAGGCGCUUGAGGCAUCCAUAGUCAACUAGUUCUACAAGCUUAGCACCAUUUUUGAGUCUAGUAGUUCCUGUUCCAGUUGGCUUGUUCUGAAAAAAAAUGUAGCAAUUGAAAUGAAUUAGAUGGGCUGUUUAUGCUUGAGUAGUAUAGGCCCUGUUUAUAAACAAAAACUCUUCCAGUGUGGGACAGUGAGGAGAGGAAGUGAUGGAAGGGAGCUUGAUGUAUUGGAUUGGAUUGCUGCUUUGGAACUGAGGGACAAUCUUCCCUCAGCACAGGAGCUGAAUUGCUUGAGCAUUUGGUAUAGUUUGUAGGAAAUGGGCUGCUAAACCUGGCUGUUCCAGCUGUUUUGAAGACAGAACAAGUAAUCAAGGUGACAAAGAUAUGACUGGUGUGGGGGUUAGCUAUGCCCCUCUUGUUUGUUUACUGCAGCUAGAAGUAACCUAAAAUGGCACAAGCUCUCAAUAAGCUUUUAAUCUGGGUUUUGUUAGUGCAGUGGUUAGACAAAGUCAGUUGCAAAGGUAAGAAAAUCUCCCAUACUGAUUUGGUGUGCCGUGUUAAGCCAAGUUCUGUUCGCUAGGACUAUGGCUGGACUUCAUGAAGCACCAACCAUUGUUUUCUUUCAUACCUUGCAAAUCCAAGUUAGGUAAAAGGACAAGGAAGCUCAAGCAAGGGGAAGGAAAUGGAUAGCAGUGGUGACAAUGCUGGUAGAGUUUUGGAGUCUCAAAGUCAGGCAGCCUCUGCCCUGAGGAGAUGAAGACUCUUAAAAGCAGUAAAGCCACUCAUUCACACACUAUGCAGUUUACUACAAUACAAAGGCAACCAGAUCAUAGGCUGAACCCAAGAUGACAUAAAAUGUUGCAAAGGGUUAAGGUGCAAAGCCUCAUCUAUAGCACUGCUUAGGAGAUUGUGCAGGAGCAGCAUUCUGUCCCCUGUCUCUAACCAGGAAGUUAGAUUCAGUGGCAGUACAUAUGCUUUGCAUGCAAAAGAUCCCAGAUUCAGUUUGAGAUCUUCAGGCAGGGCUGGUGAAAACCCUUGUCUGAAAUGUUAAGAGCUGCUACCAGUCAGGGUAGACAAUAGAGAUAGAUGGACUACUAGUCUGACUCAACAGAAGGCAGCUUCAUAUUUUCAACAAACAUCCAUAUUAUAGCAGUUGCCACAAUUGUAUUAUGGAAGCCCAUCUCAUGCUGUCUUUUGUUGUUAACCAAUAGAAGAAAAUUAGCAAAGCCUUUGUAUACCAAGGUUCUGUACAAAUGCAAGAGGAGUACAGAUUUCAGGUGCCACAUUAAGUUUCUAGGCCUUAUGACUUAAGAUAGGUUUAAGAAGACAAGUAGCAUCUGGUGUAGUUCCAAAAGUCAGCAUAGAGAGAGCAGUCAAGAUUUCACUGUGCUGCAGAGCUCCUGAUGCUCAGCUAAGGGAGGUACAAAUAUGUAGAUAUAUAUUAAAGAACUUAGCUUUUCAUUGCACAGAAACUGGACUAACAAAAUAUUGAUUUGCUUUUUUAAAAGCAUAGAAUAUACACAAACAGCUCUGACUGCAAACAUACAUGUCACUUGAAUGCUGAAGACACAUGGAGCUCCAGGUUUUGGGGGUUCUGGGCAAGAGACUUGCAGAGGUAACCCUUCUCCCACCAAUGCAUUGCACACAUACAAAGAGGUAAGCAAAGUGACUUCCAGCAGGCAGGUGAGGACAACUGACAAAGUCAGGAGAAGCUGCCUGAGUUUGAGCCUGUUCUGAUCUCCAAGAGCAGGUGACAACUGCAAGGGCAGGGCCUUUUCAGCUAUGGCCUCCUGACUUUGGAAUGCCCUCCCUGUUUUAAAAAAAAGAUCUUAACACGCGCCUUUUUAAGGAGGCUUUCUAAUGCUUUUAUUUUUGUCAUAUCUGGUUGGUUCUUUAGCUUUUUAUAAUUUUCUGUUUUAAUUGGAAACUAAUGAUUGUGGUUUUUAGUGAGACCUUUUUUAUUUGUUUAUUUAGUUAAUUGUAUUACUUUUAUUGUAUCUUGUGUCUAUCUUAUUGUUGUAAGCCGCCCCGAAGCAGUAGUGCACUGGAGGGGCGGGGUAUACAUAUUUUAAAUAAGUAACAAACAAACAAGGGCAAGCUCCCUGA